AUGAAACAACAUGACAAGGCACUUAUGUUAUUCAAUCAAAUGAAAGAGAGUGGCAUUGAUCCAAAUAUACAUACAUACAGCAUAAUUAUAGAUGGCUUGUGCAAAAGUGGAAGACUUAAAAAUGCAAAAGAGAUAUUUGAAGAUCUUUCCAUUAAAGGCUAUCGUCCAGAUGUGAAGACAUACACCAUUAUGAUCAAUGGGCUUUGCAAAGAGGGCCUGCUUCAUGAAGCAUUGGCUUUCUUGUCGAAAAUGGAAGACAAUGGUUGCUUACCGGAUGCUGUGACUUAUGAAAUAAUCAUUGGUGCUCUGUUUGAAAAAGGUGAAAAUGAUAACGCGGAGAAACUUCUUCGUGAAAUGAUAUCUAGAGGCCUAUUGCAAGGAUAA